AUGCCUCUAAGGCAUGGCACUUCCACCACCUGCAUGGUGCCUGAUGAGAUGCAAGCAGCACGGAGCUCAGCCCUAGGUUUCCUGUACCACGUCUUCCUCCAGAUCCAGGCUACUUGUUCCUUGAUCAGCCAAAGCAAAGCUGUGUGGGGAAAGGUGCUGGGGGAGGUGGGGGCAUGUAAGGAGCAGCAGGCGUGGGUGUCAGGAGGCCCAGGGGAGGCAGGGAACUUGGAUGGACACCCCAGCACUGAGCCAGCAGCAGAUUUGCAGGCAGAUGUGCCGGGAGGACCAGGCAAGCGCCAGGGCCCCCAUCGGUUCCUGGGUGCCCAGACCCUUGGAAGGCCUCCCGGCCCCCUGGCCCGCUACAUCCGUGUAAACAGUGUUCUCCCUUCGGAGGCCCCACCCUAUUCUGACCAUCGAAGAGCUACCACUACCACCUCCACCAUCACCAGUAUCACCACUACCACUGUCACCUCCGCCAUCACCACCUCCAUCACAGCCAUCACAGCUACCUCCACCAUCACCAUCACCUCUACCUCCACCUCCACCGUCGCCACUGUCACUCAGACACACAGCUCUGAGACUGAAGCCAUGGUGCAGAGAGGAAAGAGAGAGUGGAACCGGAGUAAUGCUGGGCUUUUCGCCUUUGGAUUGAUGGAGAAGAUCAAGUGUGAUCACAUAGACGGCCACUAUGAGAUGCUGGGCACCUGCCGCAUGGUGGGCGACCCCUACCCCGCGCGGGGCCCCGGCGCCGGCGCGCGGCCCGACGGCGGCGACGCCCUGAGUGAGCAGAGCGGCGCGCCUCCGCCCUCCACGCUGGUGCAGGGCCCCCAGGGGAAACCGGGCCGCACCGGCAAGCCUGGACCCCCGGGUCCUCCCGGAGACCCGGGUCCUCCGGGCCCCGUGGGGCCGCCGGGGGAGAAAGGAGAGCCAGGCAAGCCGGGCCCUCCCGGGCUGCCAGGCGCGGGUGGCAGCGGCGCCAUCAGCACGGCCACCUACACCACAGUGCCGCGCGUGGCCUUCUACGCUGGCCUCAAGAACCCUCACGAGGGUUACGAAGUGCUCAAGUUUGACGACGUGGUCACCAACCUGGGCAACAAUUACGACGCGGCCAGCGGCAAGUUUACGUGCAACAUUCCCGGCACCUACUUUUUCACCUACCAUGUCCUCAUGCGCGGCGGCGACGGCACCAGUAUGUGGGCGGACCUCUGCAAGAAUGGACAGGUACGGGCCAGCGCGAUUGCCCAGGACGCAGACCAGAACUACGAUUACGCCAGCAACAGCGUGAUCCUUCACCUGGACGCAGGAGAUGAAGUCUUCAUCAAGCUCGACGGAGGCAAAGCCCACGGCGGCAACAGCAACAAAUACAGCACCUUCUCUGGCUUCAUCAUCUACUCCGAUUGAGCUCCCCACCUCCCCCCCAUCUCUUGUCCCCCACUCCCAGGGCUCCCCUCUGGCGAGUGAACACCCAUGCCCACCCUCUACGCGGCCUCACAGCCUUGGCUGCUGGCCCUCCCCAGCUAUGACACCCCUGGCCUGGCCUCACCACAGCCUGGACCGCAGCUAGGCCCGCCCGCUUGCCCUGCCACAGAGCCAGGCCCAGCACAUGGGGUUGACCGCCUGGCCUGGUCCAGCCCGCACUGUACAUUUGUACAAUAGGACAGUUUACUGCCCAGCCACACCUGCCAGCCCAACCCAGGUCAGGAGAGGGCGUGGUGGGGUUGCUUCCUGUGCUCGCUCAGAUGAGCUGCCCUCGGUUCCAGCCCUGGGGUGGUGCUGCCUAGGGGACGGCUGGGUUGGGAGCUGGAUAGCCUCCCAGCACCCCCAAAAUCCUAGCCCGGCCCUGCUGCACCCCAUCUGACCAAAGCUAUAAUAAAAAAACAUUUCCGCCCAGUGGGGUUUCGGUCUUUGCCCUGGAGAGGAGGGGAGGAGGAGAACUAAACUCUGCCCUCUUCUAGACUGGGAAGGAGUCUGGGGGAAGCUUCUGGAAGGAUCCAGACACCAGAGUCAGAUCUCCUCUAGGAAGAGAUGGGCAAAGGGGCCCAAGAACCACCACAGCCCAAGUGGACUUGGGCAGCUGGCAUGGGAAGCAGUCCUGUUGCAUUACAAUCUUUCAUGCUGGAAAAGCUCCAUUUUUGCAUCUCUGAAAGUGGCAUCAGCCUUGCAGAGGCACAGACUGGGAGACCUGGUUCUCAUCCGUGUGCCACUGUGUGUGAUCCUGGGCUAGUCACUCUUCUUGGACUCAGUUCUGUCAGUGACAGUUGUAGAAAGGGACAAGCUUUGCUCUAAAAGCUGAUUGACCUUGGUCCAAGUACUUUGUAUCUGGGCCUCAUCAAUAAAAUGUUUUCUCACCAAUAAAAUGUAGGUAAGAUGACCUACCUCGUACCUGAGGAUUAUAGAGGUAUGAAUGUGCUCAAUAAACAUAGGUUUUAUUAUUUAUAGAUUUUUUUUUUUUUUUUUUUGCCAAGAG